AAUUAUUUGUGAAAAAUUUCAACAUAUAACAUCAUUUUUUCUAUUUAUUUACAUCACAAAAAUGGCAGCUAAAAAUAUAACGCUGAACAUCAUUGAAUGUCACCAUAUUGCAUACCUUCGGGCGUUGCGUGUCUGGAGUAGUUUGGGUGGCGGAAGGUAUUAUUGGCGUUUGUAAAGGCAAAAAACACAUGUACUAGGGGAAGGAAAGUGUUUUGUUUUCAGCUACCAUUCUACAGCUGGUAGAAGAUCUCAUUCAAGGAUUCCGUUGGUAAAACAAGUGCUUACCGUCACGUAGAUGGUCUUUCCCUGUUUCGUAUGAUGUCAUUCGAUUUUCCAUGUUUUGCAUACGUGCGAUAAUGAACGGUCAAGCGAGACGAGAUAACGACCACAAAAACUAACUUCAUACAAAACUCGAUAAUAAUUGUUAAAAAUGUGUUUUAAAAAGAUUUGCUAAAACAAAACAAACCGAGUGGCGCCAGUGGCGUUCGAUUUUCUCACAAUUCCAAAUGUGGUUAUGAAAAUGGUUUAUAAAAUCUUGAUGAAAUCAUUCCAUUUCAUGUCGGAAAACGAAACGAACUCCAAAAAGGGCAAGCAAUCGAAUCGAUGGUCAACAUAAACCAAGCUCAGAAAAGACGUCUCCAACGAAGGUACGCCCCAAAAAAAAACGUACAAAUCAUACGUGGAACGCCAAGCACAAUCGCGAUCGAUGCACACGAUGGACACGCAAUACCUUACCCCGGGUGAGCCAAUAAAUUCCAAAUAGUUAAUAAAUUUACUCAACAUCCCGAAGCAGCUGCUCCGUUUUAGGCGCCUUUGUUGUGAGAUGUGGGUUUUCCAGCAAAGUCCCUGAACUCCUCGCAAUGUCAGAAGAUUAAUACCUACCCGUACCUGUUGCAUUGUGUGAGUUAAUUGUCAAUAGUUUUCCAACCCUCUUCACGUCACUCGCCAAACAAGAAAUGGUCAUCGUACCGGGUUUUUAAAUGGAAAAGGACACCCUAGGGACAUCGUCGUUAUUAUUUGCCCCGUCUGUGUGGCUGAGCGCGACGAUAAAUUAUGCAAAUUUUCACUCGUGCUCUCGAGAGCACGACCAAAAAGGUGUCGCUUUUGAAGCGUCACUGGUCUCGUUUGUCAACCAGUGACCCGGGGGGGUGUUGGCAGGGGUCGUAAUGCACGUAUGAUUUCGUUUGCGCGAAUGAAUGCAAAAGCGUGUCUCCGUGCUACACAUCAUCGGUUGGUGGAAGUUGACAGUAUAAACAACGCGUCUCGCAGUGUUUUUCGCAGACAGAAGAAUGUAUAAGCAUGCCGUCGCUACGUAACAGAUGUCAUCGUCAACGUUUAUAUCAUGCAUACUGAGAUGCGCGAAACGUUCUCAGCCAGCGUAAUGUGUGCAACACUUCAUCGCGGACGGUUGAGACGGCUCAUAUUGGGCAGACAGUGUUUCUGUGUGUAUGGCGUGCAUAAAUUGAUUCAACCACGAAGUGCAAGUUCCAAGUGUCGGCAAACUUCACAGUGACAGUGAUAAGACCCUCUCCCUGCAAAUGAAGUACGCGACUUGAUUAGUGUCCAUUUCCGACACGUGCUGCUGGGAUGAGCGUCUUGCACACGUUGACAUCCAUCGGAAGUGACGAUUAGAGUGUGGAGGAUGUGCUUCCACCCGAAUGGGGAAGAAGACUCAAUAGCUCGUGUCUAAACCGUGGUGAAUAUUACUCCUUCUAGGUGUUUCUAGUGCACGCGUUUUAAAGUGAUCUGUCGCUCAAAAAGGUUCCCAGUGAUGAUGUGCAGUGUGAGCGUUCGGGAAGCGAGCCAGAAGCAGAAGUGAAAGAAAAACCUUGUUGUUAGCUUACUUUCGUUUGUCGCACACACACACAUACGCACAGCGGCUUCCGUGACUAAACGCAACCGGACGUGGCGGUGCGUGCCACACACUUAACAACCAUGAAAUGAUUAUAAACUCUACCGAGCGGAACACCGGAGGACCACGACCACGAGUGCAGUGGGGAGGACCGCUGCGUCGCAGGCGACGGCGUCGGCCGCGGCGACGUCGGAGACGCUGGUGCUUACGGUGUGUCUCUCCAGCGACAGAAGCACACGGCACCAACCAAAAUGGCUGCUACCGUGUUUCGGAGCACUCCCAAAAGCACAACGAUCACGCUGGCAUUCCUACAGCUGCUGGUGUUGUGCUUUCUGAAGGAGGUGCUGGCGGCGAAAAAUUACACACUCAAACCACGAGUAGUACUGCCGGAAGACUAUGUGAAAGAGGUUCGGCCACCGUCACAAAAAGGCAGCCCGGUUGUGGUAGAGUUCAGUAUAUUCGUGGUAGAUAUUAAUUCCAUAAAUGUCGAGGAUAUGGAUUUUAGAGUAGAUAUGUUCGUGCAUCAGAAGUGGGUCGAAUCGAGACUGGAUCUGCACGACGACAUUUUCGAGGAGGGCGACGAUCACGUGAUACUUCCGCCGGAGUUUUUCGAUAAUCUAUGGCAACCGGAUCCUUACUUUCUCAACUCGAAGAUAUCAGAAAUUGCAACACUCACGCACAAGUUCUCGUCGGUGACGCUCUACAAAAACUCCACUGUACGGUACGCCUGCAUGAUGCAUGCCAUCAUUGCCUGCCAGAUGGAGUUCCAGCUGUACCCGAUGGAUAUCCAAAUCUGUCCAAUCUACAUCGAAAGCUUCUCGUACCACAACCAAAAGAUUCGGCUCAAGUGGGCAGACAACGGUGUGACGAUCAAUCCAGAGCUAAAGCUGCUCCAGUACAACCUUGGACAACCGUUGCAGCUCGAGGAGACGGACGGUUAUAUGCCGGAAAAGUAUGGGAACUUUUCCCGUCUAGCUGUAUACUUUCGGUUCGAGCGUCAGAUUGGACAUCAUUUAAUACAGACGUUUGCACCGUCAUCACUCGUGGUAAUGCUGUCCUGGUUUAGCUUCUGGCUUGGUCUGGAUGCGAUACCGGGUCGGGUAACGCUGCUCGUCACCUGCAUGCUGACGCUCGUGACUAUGUUUACCGGGAUGCGAGCUGACAUUCCACCGGUAGCAUACGUGAAAGCACUCGACCUGUGGAUGGCCGGUUGCAUGCUGUUCGUAUUCUCAGCGCUCGGGGAGUUUGUUGUCGUCAAGGUGCUGGACGUGCAGUACCAGUAUCAGGUGAACAAGGUACCGAAAGUGUUACCGAUGCGCAUCAGCGCGAUGGAGAAGGGACAGUGCGUCGGUACGGUGGCCAACUGGGAAGGCGGUACGGUGAACGUACGGCCCCGAAAACCUACCCAAACGCCAACCACACCGGGCCAGGUGUCACUGCAAGGGAAUGGUGGCCCACAGCCACCGCUUCCACCAACCAAACAACCGACACGCCGUCAAAGCAUCCUGUCCGUUGCCUGGACCGACACGGACACCGGCAUCGAGAAGAUCAUGUGGCGCGAGAUCGACAAGAUGUCGCGCGUCAUCUUUCCCGGUCUGUUUCUCGUCUUCGUCGUGCUUUAUUGGCCGAUCCUGAUUUUUAAAACCUCGUAAUAUGGGACCGGAAGGCUCUCAAAACUGCUGGCACAUAAAAGAAGGGGCGCUUUAUGGGGUUCAAACAUAAUACUACGCUCAACCAGAUCCAUUGGAGGGGGGAGGGGGGGGGGG